GCCGGAAAUGGAAAAGCUUCAAUCUUCAUGCACACUAUGUUUUGAGUGGACCCAAUUUCGACAAUCUUUUUUUAAAUGAAGAAGAUAAAAGUUGUUUUUUUUGGUAAUAAUGUCGAGUAUUUAUAGUUUUAUACCAUGUUUAGUGAGUAUAUUGCAGUUUCACGUUAUGAAAUUUGUAAUGAGAAAAUUAAAGGACUAAAAAGGCCCACUAAAAGCCCAUAUACAUUUUCUUUUAAACACAACUAAAAACCAGUGAGCAAAUCCUUUCUCUUUUUGCAUGUGUGUGUUGUAAAGCAGUGGACAGAGACGACGAUGAGUACGAUGAAGCCAAGCCGGAGCGACGAAAUAUCCGACCCGGAACAGCAGAUCAAGAACGCGAACCAGAUCAGAGCUGAUUUCGAUUCCUUGGCUCCCAAACGACCCACUAAACCCACUCGAAGCGAACCGGGAUUUCCUGGAUCUUUCUCUGCUUCCGACAAAAUCACCGACCAUCCUGAAGCUGACAAAUUCCAAUCUCUCCAGUCACAAACUCAUGGUAAAGUUCUAGGUGAGGGAGAUUCAUCUGCAGUUCAAGAUGAGUUCCUGGAAACAGAGUAUUACUCAAAUCUCACCGCCAUUGAUAAGCAACAUCACACGACCGGAAGUGGGUUUAUAAAUGUGGUGAAGGAAGACAACGGUGAAGAAUCCGAGGCCGUAACCGCCGCCGCAAUCGGAGACGGAGGAGAAAAAGCGGUUUACAGAAGCAAUCCGGCGACGAACGAAUGGAUUCCUGCGACGGAGGAAGAUUUUGAUUCGGAAUCUUCGUCUAAACCAAACCGGAGCGAGAGUUCUUGAACUGAUCUUUCGAAAAUGUUUUAUCUUCUUGUUUCAGAUGUUCUGUUUCUUGAUAUUAUGGCAAUAAAAUAUUAAAUAAAUAAAUUUUCGAAGGAGACAACAAACAAGUUGCAGACCUCAUGAACAACAAAAAACAAAGUUUCGGGAGAUACAAUUGGAUCAGAGAAGGAAGGACUUGGCAGAAACGCUUCGAGGAGACUAGUUUCAACUGGAUUCCAAGAACAAAUAACCAACCAGCAGACCUUCUAGCAAAACACAGUUUACCAUCUCAAGAUGAUUUUUAUUUUCAUUACUAUGUACCUUCUUACAUAACAAAAGCCUUGCAUUGUAAUCACUGAAUUUAUCAAUACAAAUGCAGUCGAUAAAAAAAAAAAAAAAAAAUCUGUUGACAAUAAUUUAAUUGUGAUAAGAACAACUUUCUAACUUUCAAAAUAUCCAUGAUAAGAACAAAUUUAUGUGGACACUGUUUUUUUCUCAACCAACAUUGCAUAUGACAUUACAUGAUUACAAUAAAGUGAUAUAAAAAGCAGUCCCAUAUUGCUUGGCUGCC